CAUAUUGACAGGGCGGACUGUGACCAACACACGACUACAAUGAGGCCUCUCGUCAAAAUGUACCUCGUCCUGUCCUGCUUCGUGGGAUCCACCACUGUCAUGAUGUUACUAAGAUUAAGAAACACACUGAGACAGAACAUGCUGGACAGAAUGACCCGGAUGCAGUUAGAACCACAGUUUGAAGAGGUGCAUGCUGGGAACAGGAAUUACACCACCAAUGGAACGGAAACGGAAAUGGGGAAAAUUCUUUCCUCAAUCGAGCGUGAUUGGACCUUCAACCAUGCAGAACUGAUUGAGUUAAGGACGAAGUUAGCUGCUAUCCACACCCGGGAUGACUUCACCAUGACGCGUAACAACACAGCUCUACACUCGGAGGUGCCUUUCACGUCAGACAGGCGCAGAUACGAAAUCACAGAAGACCUGUACAACAGCCUACCUCAGGAACCACCAGAUUUUCAGACCAAACGCUUCAAGAAUUGCAGUAUAGUUGGAAGCAGUGGAAUCUUAUCCAGGAGUGGGUGUGGACCUCAAAUUGACUCCACCGAGUUUAUAUUUCGGUUCAACAUUCCGCCACUAGUGGAAGAGUACACAGGGGAUGUCGGGAAAAGAACAGACCUUGUAACAUGUAACCGUCAUAGGUUUAACAAGAGAUUGUCCAAUCUAGACUCAUCAAAAGACAGAAAACUUUUCAAAGGAAUCUUGGACGGACAGUUUCCGACUUUAUCCUAUAUUUGGCUUUUCCCCUUUUCCAUCCUCCGCGACGUGAAAAACAUACUUUCAUUUCCGGAUAUAUUGAAGAGAAUAGAGUCCCCCGUCACGGCCGUGUUUAGCAAUCCGAGGUACGUCAUUCGCAGCCACCGAUUCUGGGAGACAAAUGGCGUCAAAGAAAAAAUCAUGACCUCUGGUUUCACCUUCGUAAGCUUUGCGCUAGAAGUUUGUGACGAAGUCCACGUGUACGGCUUCUGGCCGUACUUGGAGGACCGGAGAGGCAACCCGAUUGGCUACCACUACACUGACGACAGGCAUUAUGGGAGAGGGCUAACCACGCGAGGACACAAGAUGCCGCGAGAGUUCGCCAAGCUCCUGGAGCUGUACAAGAAAGGCGUUCUGAGACUAGUGACAGAUAAAUGUUUUGAAUAA